ACGCGCGUUAACAUCCUUCAAUCCGUCCUCGACAUGAUAUCCGCAGAAAUGCUCGGUCGCGGUCGCUGACAGGCUGCAUUCAUACUGAGCGCUCCAUUAUGCCCAACCAAAAAAGCAACAAGGGGAAGAGAAAUAAACGCACGAAUAGUAGCGGGGACGAGCAAGAAAAUGGAGCCUCUGCGUCUGGGGUUACGGGAGGAACUGCCUCGACGUUGACCGGAGCCACGGCGGGUCCGCCGAGCGACAACAGAAGCGAGGCUCCAUGUGCCACCCCAUUAGUGUGCAGUCUGGGCCGUCCCGUCGACCUUGAGAAGGACGACUACCAGCGUGUGGUGUGCAACAGUGAACUCUGCCCCUAUGGCAACUGGAUGCACCUGCAGUGCUUUUAUGAGUGGGAGAGCAGCAUCCUGGUGCAGUUCAACUGCAUCGGCCGGGCGCGCAGCUGGAACGAGAAGCAGUGCCGGCAGAACAUGUGGACCAAAAAAGGCUACGAUCUGGCCUUCCGCUUCUGCUCUUGCCGCUGCGGCCAGGGACACCUGAAAAAGGAUACAGACUGGUACCAGGUGAAGCGCAUGCAGGACGAGCGCAAGAAAAAGAUGCCUGAGAAGGGGAGCGGAAAGCUCAGCAGCAUGGCCUGCGGAGGUGGUGCUUGCGGCGGGCCGGAAACUGCCGACGAGCCCAAGAAAGGGAAAUCUCCAGCGAGUCAUAAGCUGGCGCACCGUGGCUCCAGUCAGGAGCUUUCACGCAGACAAUCAGCAGAUUGGCAGAACUGUCAGGAGCGAUGUCACGCUGGUCCUCUCAAUGCAGUCGGUGGGAUGUCCCACGGGCUGCGCUCCCCUUGUGAAUCCCCGGCUCAGUCCCCUCCGUCAGGCUUCUCCUCCUUCUCCCCUCAGCCUCUCGGCGGGCCGCGCAGCUCCAGACAUCUGGGCGAGUUCCUAAAGAACGCGGUUCAUACAGAAGGACACAAGAAGCACUUUCAGGCUGGGGGUCUGGUAGGACGAGGGGCUCUUCUGGAGCAGGGAGCUGCCAACAUGUGCCUGCCUCGGCUUGACAACCCCGUGCAGUUCCUGAGGAGGCUGGAUCUUUCAGAGCUGCUCACGCACAUUCCCAGGCACAAACUCAACACGUAUCAUGUGCGCAUGGAGGACGAUGCCCAAGCCGGGCAGGGAGAGGAUCUCAGGAAGUUCAUCCUCUCUGCUCUCAGUGCCAGUCACCGUAACGUGGUGAACUGUGCCCUGUGCCAUCACACGCUGCCCAUCUUUGAGCAGUUCCCUUUAGUGGACGGAACCCUGUUUCUAAGCCCCUCGCGCCAUGAUGAGAUUGAGUAUGAUGUACCUUGCCACUUACAAGGGAGGCUGAUGCACCUUUAUGCCAUCUGCGUGGACUGCCUGGAAGGAGUGCACAAAAUCGUGUGUAUAAAGUGCAAGUCCAGGUGGGAUGGAAGCUGGCACCAGUUGGGCACAAUGUAUACAUACGAUAUACUGGCUGCGUCGCCGUGCUGUCAGGCCCGGCUGAACUGCAAGCAUUGUGGGAAACCGGUCAUAGAUGUACGUGUGGGUAUGCAGUAUUUUUCCGAGUACAGCAAUGUACAGCAGUGUCCUCACUGCGGCAAUCUGGACUAUCACUUUGUAAAGCCAUUCUCCUCGUUCAAAGUUCUCGAAGCUUAUUGACGAAAGUUGUGUUUGCAUGCUAGUACUUUUCUCUAUUUUUUUCUAUUCAUAGAAUUACUUAUUUUGGGCUCUCGUCGACAC